AUGAGUAAACCAAAUAAGCAACUUGAGGGAUUCAUUUACGUGUUCGACUCAAAAUGUGUCAUGCAUUCAAAUGAUAUUAAAAUCGCUCCUACUGCUCCGCCCCCUCCUAACCCAAAUACAUGCAUUCAAUUUGGAGAAAAGAAUAGCGAUGAAGAUAUCGUUUAUAAUUCAAAACAAUUCAAUCAUGAAAUAGAAACUUUAUUAAAUAAUUCUAACAAAUCACGUCUUGCAGAGAAAAAUGUAAAAAAAGGCACGAACAAAAUUCCACGAAGGCAAAAUGCCUGGAUUCUUUAUCGUAGAGAUAAAGCUGUUGAACCACAAUUUCAUAAAAUGAAAUCCUGCAUCAUUUCGAAAAAAAUUACAAAAAUGUGGGAAAAAGAGCCGAAUAAUGUUAAAGAAAUUUAUAAAGCGCUUUCUCGUUUAGCUGAAAAAAGACAUAUUGAAAAGCAUGGUAAAAAUUACCGAUACAGGCCAAACAGAAAACCAAAAGAGGAGGAUCAGAUUGAUAACUGUUCCGAAACGUCACGUACAAACUCACCUACAACUUCAAAUUCAAGUGAUUUCGAAGAAAAAGAUCAUCAGCAUUUCGACCCAACGCAAAAUAAAUUUGAAGACAACAUUCAAGACAUAAUUAAUUUCCCAAUAAUCGAUUAUAUCGAAUUUGAAAAUAAGACCGCACCACAACAAACGCAACAAUUUAAUAUGUUGUCUUCUUAUCCUGAAGUCUCUUUCAAGUAUAAUUCAUCGUCGUUAUAUUCAGAAUACAUUUUACAAAAUCCUAUCGAAGAUUUUUCAAAUUACUUAAAACAUUUAUUAAUGUAA